AUGAAUUAAUUUCUAUUUCAUGUUGGAUUAAUUGAAGAUGAACUCAUUAAAGGUCAAGAGAAAAAGAAGGAGAUAGUUAAGAAUAGAAGAGAAAGAAAUGCAGAAAUGAAGGAAUAAAAGGUUUUGACUGCUCCUGAGUUUAGUAUUGUAGAUACAUAGAAGGAGAUUCUAUCUAAAUUUAAAUCUGCAUUGAAAGAUAAAUUGACAGAAAUUAAUCAAUAGGAAAUUGAUUAAGCAUAAUCAGCAAAAUCAUCCCAAGAAUUGAAAAAAUGGAAAUCUGUUAGUUACAAGUAAAGAUACUACUAAGAGAAAUUUGGAAUAAAACCUACUUAAUUUAGCGAGUUUCAACAUAGAAUAAAGAUAUCUUAUUUGGAAGCAUUGGCAUGGACAUUAAAAUAUUAUUAUCAAGGAUGUGUAGAUUGGGGAUGGUUCUAUCCUUAUCAUUAUGCACCCUUUGCAUAAGAUCUGACUAAUUUAGAUUAAUGUAUGUUUGAAUUUUCAUUGAAUACUCCUUUUAAGCCAUAUUAAUAAUUAUUAGCAGUAUUACCACCUUAAUCAGCUUAAUUUCUACCUAGACCCUAUUAAUAAUUGAUGUUAGAAUCCUCAUCUUCUAUAGCUGAUUUCUAUCCAACAGAUUUUGUCGUAGAUUUGAAAGGCAAGAAAUUUGCAUGGCUAGGAGAGGUAGUAUUACCAUUUGUUGAUGCUGAUAGACUAAUAAGUGCAAGUAAUAUUGGUGUUAAUCUAUCUAAAUUGGAAUAAGAAAGAGAUAGAUUAGGAUAAACAUUAAUCUUUAGUUUGAAAAAACAUGAAAUCUUUAAUUUCUAAUAGUGUCAUAUCUAAGCUUAAGUUGACUGGUUACCUCGCUUUCCAGUGGGAAGUGAAAUCAAAUCACCCAUACCUACUAUGGGAAACAUUCUCAAUAAUUAAAUUAUAUGUGGGGCCUUGUUGAAAACAAUGAUUGAAAGUGAUGCAACAUUUAUCUAGAAUUAGAUUAGGAAAGGGACUAUUAUGCCACCUGAGUUUUUGGAUGAAUAUUACAUGAAUUAAUGUGAGUAGAAUAAGAGAUCAUUCGGAGGCGAAGCUGUCAGAAGAAUAGUUUAUUCUAUAUUAGGAGUCAAAUAAGUAAGGAGAUUAGACAGAUCAUAAGACGAUUUUGAUUAAAUAAAAAAAUAAACAAAAUUAUGA